UGACUUUAGGUCAACCUUGAUUUUUUUUUUGAAACAAGGCUUCCCCCUCUAGCUGUUCUAAGGCCACAUAAUGAAUGUAAGCAUCUCAAGCGGAAAAACUUACACAGAACUCGGCCUGUGUUGGGCCAUAGGCUUCCCUUGGGACUUGAAGCCCUUUCUGACCGGCAACAGGGUCCACGCACACCCUGGCUCAUGAAGACGCCCUGCGUGUGAACGCUUCCGGAGCUCCUCCCCAGCCACUCCAUUCGUCACAGACACACUGAUCGCUCCAGCGCUUUCUACACAGAUGGUCAGAGCCACACAGUGCCUUCUCUAAGUCAAGAGCGAACUUUUCUGGCAGAGCCCAGGCCCAACGCACCAGAGGGAAGUGGUCAAAGCCAUAAAAGGACAGAGUGGAAAGCACAAGGACCGAGAAUGGGGAACUUUCCGAGGAGGGAAAGCAGGUGGCAGCAGGACACUCAAGAGAUGCCUUGGAAUCUCAAAAUCCAAAAUGUCAGACACAGAGCAUCCAGAUGCUGGAAUCGCCGUUUCACUCAAGGGUGUUUCUGCCUUCCUUGGAAAACAGUAAGCCUUUUUAAAGCAAGACGAGAUUCGCACAAGGAAAAUGAAGGAAUGUCAUCAGCUCCCAGCCAGCAGGAGAAUGCUGAGCAGCACUACUCGGAGGAGCUGUGCUACAUCCUCAUCAAUCACAGGGUCUUUGGGGAAACGCCGGCGAGCAGCUCCACGGAGGAGUACUACGAGAAUGUUUCCCAGAAGCCUGCGAAGCCUUGCGAGUUCUCGGAAGGAACUGAGACUGAGUACUCGCUUCUUCGUGUGGCCCUCACCCCAAGGCACCCACCUUCCCCAGAGGAUGAAUAUGAACUUCUGGUGCCCAGCAGAAACUUCUCUCACUUCCCACAACAACCGCACUCUCUUGGGGUCCCUUCGGAAAUGUCCUUUUCCUGUUCAGGAUGAAAAGUGAUCAGGUUGGCAUUCCAACCAGCACUAGCAGAACUGCAGGGGGGAUCUGCUUGAAGCAAGCAUGGGGCUCAAGGCUUGCCUCUCACAGAGCAUGAUUUGCAAGCCUUUGUAUGCCACCCAGUAUCCCACACCCACAGUUCAGCCAGACAUCCUAACUCUGCUGUUUUGAGAAAGCGAUCACCUAUCUUUGGUUCCAAGUGGGACUGAAAGUGCUUGGUGCCGAGAUAGGCUCCCUGACCGAGUCCUUCUCUUCUGAUAGAGUUCUUUCAGAAGACCCCACAGCUACUCUCUAAAGUUGUCAAGAAAACUCAUCAUGCAAAAUGUACCCAAGUGGGGACUCACUCAUUUUGCAGACCUUCCAGCCCAGCCCCUGCAGUGCACCCCAGGCUUUCAAUGGCGUAUUUUAAUUCAUUAGCCCUCAAUUACACAAACUGAUUUAGAAGGUGCUUUUCAGCUUUUUAUGUAGUUGUAACACACAUAUUUUUUUCUAUUUCAUACUUCUCCUUAUGAAUCUAAGAUAAUCAUAACACCCAAGAACAGAGCAUAUAGAUCUUUUGAGAUUCUUUCAUCUUACUGUCCUGACUCAAAAAGUAUUAUUUUCCCAGAGAUCUAGAAAAAUUAUUUGUGUAACAUUAUCCAGAGCCUGAUUUUCUGGCUUUCAAUUUGGUGUUC